AAACAUCCUAAAAAAAUAUCAGAACUGGGGAUGCAGCGCUCCAUCACGGGAGCAACUAUCUUGGGUUAGGUAAUUCACCUCCCUAAAGUCUGCGGUUGCUCCUGCUCCUUGGGCCAACUAUUUCAAGCACUAUAUGCGGCUGUUUCCCCCUCUCGACAACCUACUACAUUGAACUCAUCCACCAACAAACAAUCCACAACCUCUACGCCCAAGAUGCGCUUCGCCAUAUUAUUCGGGGUCCUUGCCCUUGCCAUCACUGCCACUGCUGCUCCGGCUCCAGCUCCGCAGGACCAACCUCCUUGCGUUAAGCUUCCUGAGGCUUUCUGGACCUGCAUCUCAGAUUGCCUCUACAAGAUUUGUGUCAACGUCCCCGAUGCUGUUCAAUGUAACAAGGACUGCGAUGCCAAGUGCAAGGCCAUCUACGCUCCCCACUGCGAGCCUGGUCCCCACUAA